UGAUGCAUUUAUUUUGUGUGUACUUUGUAGAAGCAAAUGACAGUUUUGAAAAGGUAUGUCUUAAGGCUGUUCAUGUCGAUCAAGUACAUAACAGUAAACGUAGUGGACAGAAACAACGGGAGAAUAGUGACAACAGCUUCAACUGUAGAGCACGCAAUCAAGAACUCGCUAGAAUGUGGUCGUACUUGCAAUGCUAAGGCAGCGGCUAUUGUUGGAGAGGUUUUAGCGAUGAGGCUGAAAGUGGAAGGGCUUCAAGAUGGGCAAGGAAGAGGUAUCCAUGCCGAUGUGAAGAAAGAAAUCGAAAAGAAAGGGUUUAAGAGUCGAACCAAGGUAUGGGCUGUUAUUAAUUCUCUUAGAAACAAUGGUGUUACUCUCAUUCUUGACGAUGAUGAUGAUGAUGAGUAUCGUGAUCGUUCUUAUGAGGGUCAUCGGUGAAUUUGCAAGCUUUGUUUUUAUGUGUCAUCUUCUCUAGUUGUUAAGGAAUCUUAGAGAUAGGUUUGUAUAACUUGGAAUAGUCAAAUCUUUGUGACA